AUGGCGUCGAACAACCCUACGCAGAUUUUCGCGGACGACGUGCAAGAAGAAAAGGGCGAAAAUGCACGACUGUCAGCGUUCGUGGGUGCCAUUGCGGUGGGCGACCUGGUCAAAUCGACGCUGGGCCCCAAGGGGAUGGACAAGAUCCUGCAGAGCGCCAGCACGGGCGAGAUCAUGGUGACGAACGACGGGGCGACGAUAUUGAAGAGUAUAGCGCUGGACAACGCGGCGGCCAAAGUGCUGGUGAACAUUUCCAAAGUGCAAGACGACGAGGUCGGAGACGGCACGACGUCCGUGACGGUUCUGGCGGCCGAACUGCUCCGAGAAGCCGAACAGCUGGUCAACAAACACAUCCACCCGCAGACCAUCAUCGAGGGAUACAGAUUAGCAUCGCAGGCGGCACUGCAAGCGCUGGAGAAAGCGGCGGUCGACAACAGCAAAGACGCCGGCGCGUUCCGGCAGGAUCUACAGGCGAUUGCGCGCACGACGCUCUCCUCCAAAGUCCUCAGUCAAGACCGAGACAAGUUCGCGCAGCUGGCGUGUGAGGCCGUGCUGCGGCUCAAGGGGUCGGUGGACCUGAACCACAUUCAGAUCAUCAAGAAGGCCGGCGGGAAACUGAGCGACAGCUACUUGGACGAGGGGUUCAUCUUGGACAAACGCAUGGGCGUGAACCAGCCGAAGAGACUGGAGAAUGCGAAGAUCCUGGUCGCCAACACGGCCAUGGACACGGACAAAGUCAAGAUUUGGGCGUCGCGCAUGAAGGUCGGGUCGCCCAAGGAGCUGGCGGAGCUGGAAAAGGCCGAGCGCGAGAAGAUGAGACAGAAGGUUGAACGCAUCAAGGCCCACGGCAUCAACUGCUUCAUCAACCGUCAGCUCAUCUACAACUGGCCCGAACAGCUGUUCACCGAGGCCGGCAUCAUGAGCAUUGAGCAUGCCGACUUCGACGGCGUCGAGCGUCUAGCGCUCGUGACCGGCGGCGAGAUCGCCUCCACAUUUGACCAUCCGGACCAAGUCAAGCUGGGCCACUGCGAUCUGAUCGAGGAGGUCAUCAUCGGCGAGGACACGCUGAUUAAGUUCUCCGGCGUGGCCGCGGGCGAGGCGUGCACCAUCGUCCUCCGCGGCGCCACCGAACAGCUGCUCGACGAGGCCGAACGCUCUCUGCACGACGCCUUGGCCGUGCUGUCCCAGACUGUCAAGGACCCGCGCGUCACCCUCGGCGGCGGCUGUGCCGAGAUGGUCAUGGCCAAGGCCGUCGACUCGCUGGCCCAGAAGGUCGGCGGCAAGAAGCGAAUUGCCAUUGACUCUUUCGCCACUGCUCUUCGACAGCUCCCCACCAUCCUGGCCGACAAUGCCGGCUUGGACUCGUCCGCGUUGGUGUCUGAACUGCGCAGCGAGGUCUACCGCGGCAUGUCAACCAGUGGCCUGGACUUGCUCACCCCCGGCGGCGGCAUCGCUGAUAUGCGUGAGCUCGGCGUCGUCGAGAGCUACAAGCUGAAGAAAGCCGUCGUCAGUUCCGCCAGCGAGGCUGCUGAGCUCUUGUUGAGAGUCGACAACAUCAUUCGUGCUGCCCCGCGGAGAAGGGAGCGCAUGUAA